AUGAAGGACGUGGACAUCGAGGCCGCUCUUGCCGCAAACCGGCGAAAGAUCCUCUCAGUUCGACGCGCGGAGGGCCACGACCAGCCGGAGCUCUCCGCCGAACGGCUGCGCAAGAUGGCGACGCGGUCCAAGCGGGCGCGAGGCAGGCGGCAGCGGUCGGACGCAGAGGCCGUGCGCUGGGCACGCAAGCUGCAGCGGCUGAUGCAGGGGCUGAUCGGGCUGCAGGUCGCCUCGCUCCUGCUCGCCACCGCCGCCGCCGGAGCGCCGGUGCUGCUCCUCUUCUGCGGCAUCGACGGAUUUGGGAUGGCGGCGACGCUGCCGGACGUGCAGCGCCACCACGCGCUGUGCACGGUCUUCAACCUGUGCUACCUCCUCGGCUCCGUCGGCGCUCCGGACGACGAGCUCCCGCCGCUUCUCGGCCCGUUCCUGUUUGUGCUCUCGUCGCUGGUCAACCUCUCGAGCCUCGCGGCGGGGGCGGCGGCGGCCUACGUGCUGCGCCGCCCGCUGAUGCUCUACCGGUACGGCUCGGCGGCCGACCUGCGGCUGGUCCGAGGCCUCUCCGCCUUCACCGUCGACGACGCCGAGUCUGCGCGAGGGCUCGCUUGGCUGGCGCGGCCACUGAGCCCUCUCUCCAUCACCCUUCUCGGAGCCUUCCCGCAGGCGACGCCGAAGACGCCGAAGACGCCCAAGCCCAAGCGGGACGCGCUCAGCAAGGCCGCCGCAACCGUCCCGAUGCUAACGCCGCCGCCGCGCGGCCAGCCGGCGGGCGGCCAGCCGGCGGGCGGGGUUGCGCGGAAGCAGAGCUGGCUGGAGGCGGCGGAGGCGGCGUCCGAGGUCGCGUUUGGCCCUCCCUCAGAGGAGGAGGAGGGCGGAGAGGAGGAGGGGGCGGAGCCGGCGCCGGUGAAGGCGGCGCCCGCAGCCGCGCUGCGGCCGGUGGCGGCGCAGCGGCUUGUGCUAAGCGACGAGAGCGACGAGGAGAGCGACGAGGGCGGCGGAGAGGGCGGCGGCGGAGGCGGCGGCGGCGGGGUGGCGAAUGGCGGAGGCGGGGCGGGCGGCGGCAAGGAGGGCGGCGGCAAGGAGGGCGGCGGUGGGGAGGGCGGUGGCGAGGGGCGGCCGGCGGCGGGGGAGGGAGGCGAGGCUGCCCCCGCGUUGGCCUCUGCCGGGCAUGGCGAGGGCACCGGCGAGGGCGGCGGCGAGGGUGGAGGCGAGGCGGGCGGCGCUGCGGACGACCCGGAGGGGGGCGGCGCGGCUGCGGGCCGCCUCUCGCUCGGCGCCAAGGCGUGCGAGGCACUCGAGGCCGCGUACGCGCUGCAGCCGAAGAUCUCGACCGCCCUCUCGGCAGCCAACCUCCGCGCAGCCAACCUUCGCGUCAAGCUCGGCGACCACGCGAUGGCGGCGGCCGCGUACCGGCGAGCCGUCGGCGCGCGGCGCAGCAGUCCGAGAUCGCCCGAGGAGGCCGAGGAGGGGCUCCGCGCCUCGCGCGUCGGCAUCGAGCUGCUGCCGCGGGGCGGCGUGCCGGCGAGGCUCGCCGGCUCGCUGGCUUGUGCGUGCCUCGCCGCCACCGCAACCUCGCUCGAGGAGAAGCUGGAGGACCUCUUCUCCGAGUCGGCCUCCCUGUACGCGGAGCACGGCACCGAGCUGCAGGCGCGACAUCCUCUCCCCCCAUAUCUCCCCCAUAUCUCCCCGUAUCUCCCCAUGGAGCGGCACCGAGCUGCAGGCGCGACAUCCUCUCCCCCCAUAUCUCCCCCAUAUCUCCCCCAUAUCUCCCCCAUAUCUCCCCCAUAUCUCCCCAUAUCUCCCCCAUAUCUCCCCCAUAUCUCCCCAUGUCUCCCCACGGAGCACGGCACCGAGCUGCAGGCGGCGCCGCGCGGCGACGGGAUCCGGCAGCUGGUGCGGCUGCUGCGCGCGCGGCGGCUCGUCGCGGCGGGGCAGACGCUCAAGCCGAUCGAGCGGCUGGAGAGGGAGUGGCUCACGGCGGUGCGGACGAUGCUCAACGAGUUGCGGAGUCGCGCCGCUGAGGUGAGCACCGCGCUGCGCGAGUUCAAGGAGAGCGGCGACGGCGGCGGCGGCGGGUGGAAGCUCGCGUCCGAGGCGGCGGGCGUGCGGACCGAGUGGCGGCCCGCCGACGAGGGCGCCGCCUUUUGGAUCCGGCACGCGCUCAGCGUGGCGUACGAGGCCGACUUGUGGCGCAACUGGAUCCCGCUCUGCUCGGCGGCGGAGGUCGUCGCUGCGCCCGAGCCGCUCGAGCGGAUCACGUACUGCCAGUUCGACUUGCCGAUGCUGCGGCGCGGCCUGCUGCUGCACUGGUCCCUCUCGGACCAGCUCCUCGAGCGGCAGUCCCUGCUGCUGCUCGGCGCGUCCGUGCCCGAGGGGGCGGACGCGCGGCUGCCGGCGGCGGCGGCGGGCGUGGCGCUCGCCGAAGCCGCCGCCAUCAAGGUGCUCGUGCAGCCGCUCUCGCGCAGCUCGGCGCGCAUCGAUUGGGUGAUGCAGGUCGACCUCAAGGCCUCCUCCGCGCUGCCGCAAGCCAUCGUCUCGAUGGUGACAAACAAGAUCGGAGGCUCCGUGCUGGCGCUGCUGCUGCGAGAGGCGCAAAAGGUAGCCAAGGAGGCGGCGCGCGAGGCGGCCACCGCGGCGGGCGACGAGCGCGGGCCGCCGAGCAAGGCGGCCCUCGAGGCGAGCGUGUACUUGCGCCGCCUCGAGGCGAAGCCGGAGGUGUACGCCGGGAUGGAGCAGCUGACAGAGACGUACUUCGAGUGCAUCGGCCACGACAGCGCGGAGGACUAG